AUGAUCUUUGCUGCCCGCUAUCUACAAGAGAACUACCAGGAAAUGCGGAAUCACUUCUACACCACCUUCGCGAAUCUGACGAAAGCGUUCGAUACGGUGAAUCGCGAAGGACUGUGGAGAAUCGUACAGAAGUCCGGCUGUCCCGAGCGAUUGACGCACAUGAUGCGUCAGUUCCACGAUGUGAUAGUGGGACGUGUCGUGAAUAACAGCGCAAUCUCCGAGGCAUUCGCAGUCACCAAUGAAGUGAGGCAGGGCUGCGUACUCGCGCCCACCCUCUUCAACCUCAUGUUCUCUGUCAUACUGAUGGACGCCUACCGUGAUGAUCGCCCCGAGAUCCACAUAGACUACAGGACCGACGGGCACCUUCUCAGCAGCCGGCGAAUGGGGGCCCCGACGCGCCUUUCCACGAUCUGUUCUUCGACGACUGCGUGCUCAACACCAGGACUGAAGUGA